AUGGGGUCGUCCACCCAAUUGGGGUAUGCCGCUGAGCUGCCCAAGACUCUCAGUAUGAUGAGUAUUCUCGGCAUGUCUUUUGCAAUUAUGGCUGUUCCCUUUGGUCUGUCCACAACAUUCUACAUCACCCUUGUCAACGGACAAGCCGUCACCAUCAUCUGGGGUUGGGUCUUGGUCUCCUUGAUCUCUCUCAGCAUUGCCGCGUCACUAGCCGAAAUUUGCGCCGUCUAUCCAACGGCUGGAGGUGUCUAUUACUGGUCUGCGAUCCUCAGUACUCCCAAAUAUGCACCGGCCGUUAGCUUCAUUGAUGGUUGGAUGACAUUGGUUGGCAACUGGACUGUUACCCUGUCCAUCAACUUUUCAGGCGCCCAGUUGAUUCUCAGUGCCAUCACGAUUUUCAACGAAGACUUUGUCCCUAACGAAUGGCAAACUGUCCUCUGUUUCUGGGCUGUCAUGUUGGUUGCCGCUCUUAUCAACGCGUUCGGAUCCAAGUAUCUCGACCUCUUCAACAAGCUGUGUAUCUACUGGACCGGAGCCAGCGUCGUCAUCAUCCUCGUUACACUUCUCGUCAUGGCAGACACCAGGAGAUCCGCCGAUUUUGUCUUUGGUCACUUUGACGCGUCUGCUAGUGGAUGGCCAGGUGGUUGGUCUUUCUUUGUUGGACUGCUCCAAGCUGCGUACACUCUUACAGGAUACGGAAUGGUCGCCGCCAUGUGCGAAGAAGUCCAAAACCCCGAACGCGAAGUACCCAAGGCCAUGGUCCUAUCCGUCGUCGCAGCCGGCCUCACCGGAGUUGUAUAUCUCGUCCCCGUCCUCUUCGUUCUCCCCGAUGUUACCGCCCUCCUCGCCAGCAGCCAACCGAUCGGACUACUCUUCAAGACUGUUACAGGUUCUGCAGCUGGAGGCUUUGGCCUGCUCUUCUUGAUUCUCGGAAUCUGGCUCUUUGCUGGCGUCGGUGCUCUCACUGCUGCCUCUCGUUGCACGUAUGCCUUUGCCCGAGAUGGUGGAAUUCCCGGAAACCUGUGGGCCAAGGUCAACAAGACUCUCGAUGUCCCUCUUUGGGCUAUCAUCCUUUCCACCGCCGUCGAUUGUCUGCUGGGAUGCAUCUACUUCGGCUCUUCUGCCGCUUUUGGCUCAUUCACCGGUGUCGCGACCAUCUGCCUUUCGGCUUCAUAUUGUGUCCCUAUCCUGGUCAGCGUGGUUCGAGGACGACAAGCUGUGCGAUCUUCCCCGUUCCCCCUCGGCAAGCUGGGUUACGUCUUGAACUACAUCAGUCUCGUUUGGAUCUGCCUCGCCGUUGUUAUCUUCUGCAUGCCCGUCUCGUUGCCGGUCACGCCUUCAUCAAUGAACUACGCUAGCGUUGUUUUUGCUGGAUUCGGAGCCAUCAGUGGUGUUUGGUACAUUGUUUAUGCUAGAAAGCACUUCAAGGGCCCGAUUAUUAUGGAUAUGGCACGAGAAGGGGUUGAACAUCUCUGA